AUGGCCUCCCACCGCAUCGGCGCCCGCGUCGCGGGCCUCUCGCCAGCGCAGCUGUGCGCCAUCAUCGAGGCGCAGGCGGGCGCGAGCGCCGCCGCGCUGCGCGUGGCGGAGGAGCACGCCGCACGGCUCGUGGAGCAGCCCGAGUGGGUGCUCUCCGAGGUCCUCCUCUCGCCGGACCUCGCCCCGCACAUCCUCGGCCAGCUGCCGACUAAGGAGCACGCCGCCAAGGGGACGGGACCCCGCACAAUCGCUCCGUCGCUCCUCUCGGCCACUGGAGUGACGGGCUCCGUCAACCAUUGA